AUGGCCGCAAACUUUGCGGAGCGUCCGCGCUCACGGUCCUUAUCGCGGCGCCUCUGCCCCAUGGACGCUCUGUGCGGCUCUGGGGAGCUCGGCUCCAAGUUCUGGGACUCCAACCUGUCCUUACACACAGACAACCCUGACCUCACACCCUGCUUCCAGAACUCUCUGCUGGCCUGGGCCCCCUGCAUCUAUCUGUGGGCUGCCCUGCCCUGCUACCUACUCUACCUGCGACACCACUGUCGCGGCUACAUCGUUCUCUCCCGCCUCUGCAGGCUCAAGACGGCCCUUGGCGUCCUACUGUGGUGUGUCUCCUGGGCUGACCUCUUCUACUCCUUCCAUGGCCUGGCCCAUGGCUGGGCUCCGGCCCCCAUCUUUUUUGUCACCCCCUUGGUGGUGGGGGUCACCAUGCUACUGGCCACUCUGCUGAUCCAAUAUGAGCGGCUGCGGGGUGUUCAGUCUUCCGGGGUCCUCAUCAUCUUCUGGUUCCUGUGUGUGCUCUGUGCCAUCAUCCCCUUCCGAUCCAAGAUCCUUUCAGCCAUGGCAGAGGGCAGGCUCUCAGACCCCUUCCGCUUCACCACCUUCUACAUCUACUUUGCCCUGGUACUCUCUGCCCUCAUCCUGUCCUGCUUCAGAGAGAAACCUCCACUUUUCUCCCCGAAGAACAUCGACCCUAACCCCUGCCCAGAAGCUAGUGCUGGCUUCCUCUCCCGCCUGACUUUUUGGUGGUUCACCAAGAUGAUCAUGGUCGGGUACCGGCGCCCCCUGGAGGAUCGGGACCUCUGGUCCCUAAAUGAGGAGGAUCGUUCCCAGACGAUGGUGCAGCAGCUGCUGGAGGCAUGGAAGAAACAGCAAACGCACAGAUGCACAGCUGAGGCAGCAUUGAGAGAGAAAGUCUCCAGCGAGGAUGAGGUGCUGGUGGGAAGUCGAGCCCAGCCCCUGAAGCCCUCCUUCCUGAAGGCCCUGAUAGUCACCUUCGGUCCCAGCUACCUCAUCAGCUCCUGCUUCAAACUGAUCCAGGACCUGCUCUCGUUCAUCAACCCACAGCUAUUCAGCAUCUUGAUCAAGUUUAUUUCGAACCCCUCGGCGCCCAACUGGUGGGGCUUCCUGGUGGCGGGCCUGAUGUUUGUGUGCGCUGUGAUGCAGACCGUGAUCGUGAGCCAGCACUACCGCCACAUCUUUGUGAACGCCAUAAGGCUGCGUUCAGCGAUCAUAGGCACCAUCUACAGGAAGGCUCUGGUCAUUACCAAUUCAGUCAAGCGGGAGUCCACUGUGGGAGAAAUCGUCAAUCUCAUGUCAGUGGAUGCGCAGCGCUUCAUGGAUGUUGUCCCCUUCCUCAACCUGCUGUGGUCGGCACCGCUGCAGAUCCUCCUGGCCAUCUACUUCCUCUGGCAGAACCUGGGUCCCUCCAUCCUGUCUGGAGUCGCUCUGAUGGUCUUGCUGAUCCCACUCAAUGGAGCAGUGGCCAUUAAGAUGCGGGCCUUCCAGGUGGAGCAGAUGAAGCUGAAGGAUGCCCGCAUCAAGCUGAUGAGCGAGAUUCUGGGUGGCAUCAAGGUGCUGAAGCUGUAUGCCUGGGAGCCCAGCUUCUUGGAGCAGGUGGAGGGCAUCCGACAGGGCGAGCUCCAGCUGCUGCGCAAGGCUACCCUCCUGCAUGCCAUCUCCACCUUCGUCUGGAUCUGCACCCCCUUCAUGGUAACCAUCACCACUCUGGCAGUGUACGUGUCUGUGGACCAGAACAAUGUGCUAGAUGCUGAGAAGGCCUUUGUGUCCCUGACUCUGUUCAAUAUCUUGAAGAUGCCCCUCAAUAUGCUGCCCCAGCUGGUCAGCAGCAUGAUCCAGACCAGCGUGUCCCUGAAACGGAUCCAGCAUUUCCUGAGCCAAGAUGAACUUGACCCUGAGUGUGUGGAUAGAAGGGCCAUCUCCCCAGGUUAUGCCAUCACCAUAGACAAUGGCACCUUCACCUGGGCCAAGGACCUGCCUCCCACCCUGCACAGCCUAGACAUCCAGGUGCCAAAGGGGACACUGGUGGCGGUGGUGGGACCUGUGGGCUGUGGGAAGUCCUCCCUGGUGUCUGCCUUGCUGGGGGACAUGGAGAAGCUGGAAGGCAAGGUGAACGUGAAGGGCUCUGUGGCCUACGUGCCCCAGCAGGCAUGGAUCCAGAACUCCACUCUUCAAGAAAACGUGCUGUUUGGCCGCACUCUGGACCCCAAGCACUACCAACGGGCUCUGGAGGCCUGUGCUCUGCAGGCUGACCUGGAGUUGCUGCCAGGGGGGGACCAGACAGAAAUUGGAGAGAAGGGCAUUAACCUGUCCGGGGGCCAGCGGCAGCGGGUCAGCCUGGCUCGGGCUGUUUACAGUGACGCUGACAUAUUUUUACUGGAUGAUCCCCUGUCAGCUGUGGACUCCCAUGUGGCCAAGCAUAUCUUCGACCAAGUCAUUGGACCAGAUGGUAUGCUGGCCAGCAAGACGCGGGUGCUAGUGACACACGGAGUCAGCUUCCUGCCCCAGAUGGACUUCAUCAUAGUAAUAGCUGAUGGACAAGUGUCUGAGGCCGGCUCCUACACAACCCUGCUGCAACGCAACGGCUCCUUUGCUGACUUCAUCCGCAACUAUGCACCUGAGGAGGAUGAGGGGCACUGGGAAGACAGUAGGAUCGCCUUGGAAGGUGCAGAGGAUGAGGAGGUACUGCUGAUCGAAGACACACUCAGCAACCACACAGACCUUACGGAUAACGAGCCCAUCAUGUAUGAGGUCCGGAAGCAGUUUAUGAGACAGCUGAGCACCAUGUCCUCGGAUGGGGAAGGUCCUGGGUGGUCUGUGUCCCGGAGACAUCUGGGUCCAGCAGAGAAGGUGGUGCCGGCAACAGAGGCAAAGGCGAAGGGGGUACUGACCCAGGAGGAGAAGGAGGAGAUGGGCACUGUAAAGAUGAAUGUGUUCUGGGAUUACAUCAAGGCCAUUGGGCUCUGCACCAUGUUGUUUAUCUGUCUUCUGCAUAUGGGUCAAAGUGCAGCCAUCAUUGGGGCCAACAUAUGGCUCAGUGCCUGGACCAAUGAGGCCACAAUGGGUGGUCACCAGAACAACACCUCCUGGAGACUGAGUGUCUAUGCCAGCUUGGGAAUCCUGCAAGGGCUCCUAGUAAUGUUGUCGGCCUUCAUGAUAGCGAUGGGCGGUGUCCAAGCAGCUAGAUCGCUGCACCAGGCACUGCUGCGUAACAUCUUGCGCUCGCCACAGUCCUUCUUCGACACGACGCCCUCAGGCCGUAUCCUCAACCGCUUCUCCAAGGAUAUCUUCGUCAUCGAUGAGGUCCUGUCCCAUACCAUCCAACUAUUGCUCGAUGCCUUCUACAACUCCGUCUCCACCGUCGUGGUCAUCCUGAUCAGCACUCCACUCUUUGCCACAGUCAUCUUGCCCCUAGCUGCGCUCUACACCUUCGUGCAGCGUCUCUAUGUGGCCACCUCAAGACAACUGAAGCGGCUGGAAUCGGUCAGUCGCUCACCCAUUUACUCUCACUUUUCGGAGACGGUGACUGGUGCCAGUGUCAUUCGGGCUUACGGCCGUAACCAGGACUUCGUGGCUAUUAGUGACAUGAAGGUGGACACCAACCAGAAGAGUGGCUAUGCCUACAUCAUCUCCAACCGGUGGCUGGGCAUCCGAGUGGAGUUCGUGGGAAACUGUGUUGUGUUGUUUGCUGCGCUCUUUGCGGUGAUUGGGAGAAGCAACUUGAGUCCGGGCCUGGUGGGCCUUUCUGUGUCCUAUGCCCUGCAGGUGACAUUUGCUCUGAACUGGAUGGUACGAAUGAUGUCAGACUUGGAGUCUAACAUUGUGGCUGUGGAGAGAGUCACGGAGUACACCAAGACAGAGACUGAGGCCCCCUGGGUGGUGGAGGGCAGCCGGCCCCCGAAAGACUGGCCCUCACAUGGUAAGGUGGAGUUCCAGAAUUACUCUGUUCGCUACCGGGCAGGCCUGGACCUGGUGCUGAAGAACCUGAGUCUGCACGUGCACGGUGGUGAGAAGGUGGGGAUCGUGGGACGCACAGGCGCCGGCAAAUCAUCCAUGACCCUCUGCCUCUUCCGCAUCCUGGAGGCGGCAGAAGGUGAAAUCCGCAUCGAUGGCCUCAAUGUGGCAGACUUUGGUCUCCAUGACCUGCGCUCUCAGUUGACCAUCAUCCCUCAGGACCCCAUCCUGUUCUCGGGGACCCUGCGUAUGAACCUGGACCCCUUUGGCAAUUUCUCGGAGGAAGACAUGUGGCAGGCCUUGGAGCUGUCCCACCUGCAUGCCUUUGUGAGCGCCCAGCCAGAGGGCCUGGACUUCCAGUGUUCCGAGAAUGGGGAGAAUCUCAGCGUUGGCCAGCGGCAGCUCGUGUGCCUGGCCCGAGCUCUGCUCCGCAAGAGCCGAAUCCUGGUUUUAGACGAGGCCACAGCUGCCAUUGAUCUGGAAACGGAUGACCUCAUCCAGGCCACCAUCCGCACGCAGUUUGAGACCUCCACUGUGCUAACCAUCGCACACCGGCUCAACACCAUCAUGGACUAUACCAGGGUCCUAGUGCUGGACAAGGGGACAAUAGCUGAAUUUGAUACUCCAACCAACCUCCUUGAGGCUAGAGGCAUCUUCUAUAGCAUGGCCAAAGAUGCUGGACUUGCCUAA